CGUAACUUUCCGCUUUGAGUGGCCUUCCGCUCGGCGGCUGUGGGGAGGGGCUCGGGGGACAUUUAGCGGAGCUCCCGGUCCCUAAGCCCUUGGAAGUGCAAUGAAGUCGGUGAGCUACGUGCAGCGCGUGGCCCUGGAAUUCAGCGGGAGCCUCUUCCCACACGCCAUCUGCCUCGGAGACGUGGAUAAUGACACGUUAAAUGAACUGGUGGUGGGAGACACAAGUGGAAAGCUGUCUGUGUAUAAGAAUGAUGACAGCCGGCCAUGGCUCACCUGUUCCUGCCAGGGAAUGCUGACCUGCGUUGGGGUUGGAGAUGUAUGUAAUAAAGGAAAGAACCUCGUGGUGGCAGUCAGUGCUGAAGGCUGGUUUCACUUGUGUGACCUGACGCCUGCCAAGGCCCUGGAUGCUUCUGGGCACCACGAAACACUAAUGGGAGAGGAGCAGCGUCCUGUCUUCAAGCAGCACAUCCCUGCCAACACCAAGGUCAUGCUGAUCAGCGACAUCGAUGGAGAUGGAUGUUGCGAGCUGCUGGUAGGUUACACAGACCGUGUGGUGCGGGCUUUCCGCUGGGAAGAUCUGGGCGAGGGCACAGAGCAUCUGACAGGGCAGCUGGUGUCCCUCAAGAAGUGGAUGCUGGAGGGUCAGGGGAGAUUGCUGAUAAUAGGCAGAGGAAGGAACACCGGGCUAAGGAUCGGGAGUGUGAAGGUGGACAGUCUCUCGGUGACUCCAGGGCCCCAGGGUGUUCCUGAACUGAUGGUGUCUCAGCCAGGCUGUGCUUAUGCAGUUCUACUGUGUACCUGGAACAAGGACACUGGGCACCCCCCUACCUCUGACGGGGCCCCGGAGGGCAGUAGGGAGACCCCGGCUGCCCGUGAUGUUGUGCUGCACCAGACGUCCGGUCGCAUCCAUAACAAGAAUGUCUCCACUCACCUCAUUGGCAACAUCAAACGAGGCCACAACCCUGAGAGUGGUGGCUCUGGCCUCUUUGCCCUCUGCACCCUGGAUGGGACGCUGAAGCUUAUGGAGGAAGCAGACAAGCUGUUGUGGUCAGUACAGGUGGAUCACCAGCUUUUUGCCCUAGAGAAAUUGGAUAUCACGGGGAAUGGGCAUGAGGAGGUAGUUGCCUGUGCCUGGGAUGGACAGACGUAUAUCAUUGAUCACAACCGCACUGUUGUCCGCUUCCAGGUGGAUGAGAAUAUCCGAGCCUUCUGUGCAGGCCUGUAUGCCUGCAAAGAGGGCCGCAACAGCCCCUGCCUGGUGUAUGUCACGUUCAACCAGAAGAUCUAUGUGUACUGGGAGGUGCAGCUGGAACGGAUGGAGUCUACCAAUCUGCUGAAACUGCUGGAGGCUGAGCCAGAGUACCGGAGCCUGCUGCAGGAGCUGGGUGUGGAUCCUGACGACCUCCCAGCCACCCGUGCCCUGCUUCACCAAACCCUCUACCAUCCAGACCAGCCACCACAGUCUGCUCCCCCUGCCCUCCAGGAUCCCACCUAGCUGGACUUGCCCUCUUAGCUGAAGACGGGUCCUUCUGAACCUCCCCACCCCCCAAGGUAUCCGUGGCAUUGGCAGGAUAGGGAAUACACAUUACAGACGAGCAUGGAAGGAUGGUGGCAACCCUAGGGUGACUGUGAACUCUAGACCUUAUGGUCUUUUUGGUGAGAGAAGAGACAAGUUGACUCUGUGCCCGUUUUCUUGUGUACCGCACCCAUCACAGCAGCAGGGUCGUAGGACCCCGACCUUAUUCCGCAUCGUCUGGGACUGCCCCCGCCCUAGACCUCCCCUCUCUUGUUCUGUGGAAAACAGACUUGUUUGUGAGGAGGGAGUACAAAUCUUUUGCACGGCCCCAACACUUGUAAGGAAAGCAGGCUCUGGAGCCAGUGGAGUAAUGAGGUAAGGCUCCACCCCCCGCAAGCUCUGUCUUCCAUGGCACAGCUCCGAGUCGUUGACAUUAGUAACUGUUACGGGAAUGACAGACUAUUUGUUUUGUUUUUGAAGGAUCUUUCAGGACGUGUUAGUCUGGUCUUACUGUGUUCCCAGCAACCCUGAGAUAAUUUUUCUCUGUUUAACAAAAGAAUCUGGGCUAGCACUUUCACAUUUUGCCAUGUUCUUGCAGUAUCGUACAGCUUCAUAGGCUUCGCCCCCAUUUCCCCUAAAAACACCUUAUUGUCUAUAAGACAGUAGACAUUUAAAAUCUGAUGCAGGUUUAUGAUCCAGACCACAAUCAGAAUUAUAUCUUGGGCCAUUUAUUUCUGUUCUGCUCUUGAUUGUGUGUGCUAUAAAUCAGUGUUUUCAAAUUGUAGGCUGCAAUCUUUUGGUGGAUCGUGGUCAGUAUUUGUAGAAUAAAUGAAGUAGAAUAGCAUAGAAUAGAAUGGAAAAUACCAGAGUAUAUUGCUCACAGUAUAGGGAAGUACUGUUUUGUUAUAAUUGUAUGUGUAUGUGCAUAUGUGUAUUCUGAGUGCAGUGUAAAAUAUAUUUCUUGCUAUGA